UCCCGCUGUAUCCAUUUCUCAAACUUCAAGGGUGGUUUCGUCUUUUCAAUUUUUUAUCUUCUCCACCAAAAACACAGCACAGAUGAUCUUCUCUAUUUCUUUCUCUCUGUUUUCUAACUUUUUUCUCUCUCCUCUCUUUUUUUUUCUUUCUUCAAAAUUUAUUACAAAAUGCAGCAAAUAAAAUCCCAUUUUUCAUGAUAAAAACUAAAAUAAUUCCCAAUUCUGGGGAAUUGAAUUGAAUUAAAUUAUAUUGAAUUGUAAUCCAAUUUGAAUUGGGGAAUUAAAUUUUAACUGCGAAUGGCUGAGAUGGAUUAUCUUCGACAAAAAUGGCGGGAGUAUGAAGAAGAUGAACAAGAUGAUUAUGAAAACAACAAUAAUGAAGACAAUAAGGAUGAAAUUGAGUUGGGGCUGGGAUUAUCCUUAAAUGGAAAAUUUGGGGUAGACCCAAAUGCAGGAAAGCUGAAGAGUUUAAGAAGGUCCUUUUCAAUUUCUAAUAUAAGUACAAAUCCCCAUGACGGGUCGGGUUUCCCGUGGGCUGGAGGAAGUCGGUCGAGUCCGGUCCCGCUAAGCAGAACAUGCUCUUUGCCUGUGGAAACAGAGGAUGAUUCUAGAAGAAGAAAAGAGAUUCAGAUGCUUCGUCGUCGAGAAGCAAAGAGAAGACGGUUUGAGAAGAUGAGAAACGGGUCGGGUUCUGAUGGACAAGGGGUUUGGACAGGUCCAAUUCCAUUGUCUCAGGGUUCAUCUGGAUCUUCUGAGUUUGAUAGCCGAAGUUAUACUCCUCCUCUUUCUGGAAUGAACAGAAGUACAGAAGCAAAAAGCCCCCAAAGUGUGCAGUCCUUGGAUCAGAACGAGCAUAAGAGCGUUUCAUCUAAGGUACAAAACGAGAUGGAUAAGGUGGCAGCUAUCACAAAGCUUGAUCCCACAAGGUCUAUCUCAGGCACUGGCGAGAUGGUAAGAAAUUUGCUUGCUGAUAUGCCCUGUGUAUCUACAAAAGGUGAUGGGCCCCAUGGCAAACAGAUAGACGGUUUUCUCUAUAGAUAUAAGAAACGGGAGGAGGUGAGGAUAGUGUGCGUAUGCCAUGGCAAUUUUCUCACACCGGCCGAAUUCAUCAAGCAUGCGGGUGGCGGAGACGUGGAACACCCACUAAGACACAUUGUUGUUAACCCAUCUUCUUUCUUGUAAUGUUUGUAGGAGAACCUAGCAUUACUGUUUGAAAAAGAAAGUGGAUCGAAGCGAUCCAUUUUCCUAUUUGGAUCAAAAGCUUAUAGACUAUGCAUCAUCGUCCCUCCUUGCCCCAUUGUUUAAUAUCCUCCUUUUAUUUGUAAGGGGUGAAUUUGUGGUAAACAAUAUUCAGUAAUUGAGCUAGACAUUGGUUACCCUUGUUAUUUUAUUCUGACUUUUGAAAAUAUAAACUUUUUGUUCAUAAACAAUUACCAAAAUAA